AUGCCUCGUCCCACCACUCGAAAGGAGGUCCUGGAUCGCCUCCGCAAGACCAUCGCGGACGGUUCCAUCGUCGUGGGUGCCGGCGCCGGAAUCGGUCUCUCGGCCAAAUUCAUCGAGAAAGGCGGCGCCGAUCUCAUCCUUGUCUAUAACUCCGGUCGCUUCCGUAUGGCUGGUCGCGGGUCGUUGGCCGGCAUGUUACCCUAUUCCGAUGCUAACCAGGUAGUGGUAGACAUGGCCAAAGAAGUCCUCCCCAUUGUCGAACACACCCCCGUCCUAGCCGGCGUCUGCGGCACCGACCCCUUCCGCAGCAUGCCUGAGUUUCUGCGCGAACUGCAACGCAUCGGGUUCGUGGGCGUGCAGAACUUCCCGACGGUGGGGCUCAUCGACGGCAAAUUCCGCCAGAACCUGGAGGAAACAGGCAUGGGGUUUGAGCGGGAGGUCGAGAUGAUCCGCCACGCGCACGAGAUGGACCUCGUCACGACGCCGUACGUGUUCACCGUCGACGAGGGCGAGCAGAUGGCGCGCGCCGGUGCCGACGUUAUCGUCGUGCAUGUCGGCUUGACGACUUCCGGGACCAUUGGUGCGCAGACAGCGCUGUCGCUGGACGACUGCGUCAGUAUCGUCCAGGAGAUUAGGGAUGCCGUGGUCAAGGUGAAUCCGGAGGUCAUUGUGCUAUGUCAUGGCGGGCCGUUGGCGGGGCCUGAGGAUGCGCAGUACGUGUUGGCCCGGACGAAGGGCGUGCAUGGCUUCUUUGGGGCGAGCAGUAUGGAACGGUUGCCGGUGGAGUUGGCGUUGCAGGAGAAUGCAAGGCGGUUUAAGGAGAUUAAGGUGGCUAGGGUCCGCCGGGGCCCAAAUAGGCAAUUCUCCGUGGGGGAGACGGCAUAUCGAAGUAUAAGUUUCACGGCCUCCAUUUCUCCAGCCCUCCUCGACACUCCUGAACCCCUCAUCCCCUCCCCUCCAGACUCUCUACUCAUCAUGCUUCGUGCUCUUGAAGGUAAAUUCGGCAUCAUCACCGGUGGUUCGCGCGGAAUCGGCGAAGCCAUUGCGCGCAACCUCGCCGAAAAGGGCUGUUCGCUACUCCUCAACUUCACCUCGGAGUCGUCGCGCGCCCGCACCGAAGAUCUCUGCGCCUCCCUCGCAAAGGACCACUCGGUGCGGUGCUUUAGCGUCCAAGCGGACCUGAACCAGGCCGAGGCCGGGACGUCGACGAUCCUAUCUGCGGCCAAGCAGCACUUCAGUCCCCCCGACGGAGGCGACCUUCGCAUCGACAUCCUCAUCAACAAUGCCGGCGUCUCCGCCGACCGUCUCCUUAACGACCCCAUCAACGGACCCAUCGACCCCGCCUACUUCACCUGGCACUACAACGUCAACGUCCUGGCCCCGCUCCUCCUCACCCAAGCCGUCGCGCCUUACCUCCCCGUCGGUGCGCCCCGCACUGGCCGCAUCGUCAACAUCUCCUCCGUGUCCUCGACCCUCGGGUUCGCCGGCCAGACCGUCUACGGUGGCACCAAGGCGGCGCUGGAGGCCAUGACGCGCACCUGGGCACGUGAACUAGCGGACCGCGCCACCGUCAACGCUAUCAACCCCGGCCCUGUCAUCGGGGAUAUGUAUUUCCUGACGGGUGAAGGGUUCUGGAACCAGAUUCAGGGGUUCCAGGAUAAUACGCCGCUGAGCGAGCUGGUGGAGGGCGAUCCGCAGCUGAAGUCGUUGACGCCGGAGCAGAUUCGUCUGGUGAAGGAGAAGAUGGGUGGCAGGAGACCCGCCUUUACGGGCGAGGUGGCCGGCGUGGUGGGUAUGCUGUGUACGAAGGAUGGUGGGUGGACUACGGGGAGUGUGGUGUGUGCGAAUGGGGGGAUGCGGAUGGGAUGUUAG